AUGAAGCCCAUUCAGCUCUACACCGCUGGCACGCCCAACGGUCAAAAGGUCUCGAUCAUGCUCGAAGAGAUCAAGGCACUAAACCCUUCGUUCGAGUACGAGGCCCAUGCCAUCAACAUCUUCAAGAACGAGCAGAAGGAAGACUGGUUUCUCAAGAUGAACCCGAACGGCAGGAUCCCUACCAUCCUUGACCCAAACAACACGGCCACUUCGCCCGACGGCUUUGCUGUCAUGGAGAGCAUGGCCAUCCUGCUCUACCUCGAAAAGAAGUACGACGACAAGCACGUUUUCUCGUGGUCCGACUCCGACCCCAAGGGCGAGAACUACAGGAACCAGGUCAUUCAAUGGCUUUCCUGGCAAAUGGCUGGACAGGGCCCAAUGCAAGGCCAAGCAAACCACUUCCGCAUGCAAGCUACGGGUGAUUCCAAGAACGUUGUGCCCUACGGCAUCAAGCGCUACCACGACGAGACGGUGCGCUUGUACCAAGUGCUCGAAAUGGGUCUCGAGGGACGCGACUACCUCGUGGGUGAAGGAAAGGGCAAGUACUCGCUCGCCGACAUCCUGAACUUCCCCUGGGCACUGUGGUACCGCUUUGCUGGCAUUCGCAACGACGAGGUUGGUCCGAACGUCAAGGCUUGGAUCGAGAGGAUCAAGCAGCGCCCUGCUGUGCAGAAGGGUCUCAGGGUACCCACUGAGUCGGAGUUGCUCAAGAAACUGGACGACCCCAACUGGAUGCCCCCCAUGCCCGAGAUCUGA